CUUGGACUCAGAGCUGAAGUCUGAACUCCACCUCCAAACGGAAUGAGGUCCCCCUCUGCAUCCCUGCUUCUCCUGCUGCUGGUUGCCAGCCUCUCUCCAGUCCAUGGUGUUCUGGAGGCCAAUUACACAAAUUUAAAGUGUAAUUGUCUCCGAAUGAGCACAAUCAUCCCUGUACGCCACAUUACUCGGCUUCAAGUUUUGCCUGCUGGGAACGGUUGCCCAGAAGUGGAAAUCAUAGCCUGGAUGAAGAAUAAGUCAAUCGUAUGUUUGAACCCUCGCGCAAGCUGGUUACAAAAAUUAUUCAACAUGUUACUGAAAGAAACUGGUUCCUCAACUCUACGACCAAUAAAGAUUGAGAGAACUAUUCCCUGAUGCCAAUACUUCCCACUAAGAAUACCGGAAUUCCCACCUAGUCCCUGCUCUGCAUUUUAAUUUUGUGCUUGUUUGAAUCUUUUACAAUAAAAAGAACUUGUCCCAUACAAACAUACCAGAGAAUAUAUGUAAAAAUAACCCUGCAGAAGCUAAUGGGGUAAACUUGAGCUUCUUUUGUAGUCAGUACUCUUAAGUGCUUAGAGAUCACAUUCUCACUUAGCAGGGAGGAAAAGUUUCUUGGAGGGCAUUUAUUUAGUUACAAAUCAUAUAGGUUUCUUUUGAUGAUAUGCCUGUUGUUUAAUGCUAGAUCUUCCUAGAAAAUAAGGGAAUGAGAAUUUAAACCUCAAAACUGAACAUGUGGCUUGAAUUAAGAAGAAAAAGAUUGAAUGCUUUUCAGUCAUUUUGCAUGCUAAGAAAAGCAGGCUUCCAUGAGAGGUUCAGCUGCCUGGGAACCCAUGGAAGUUCAACUUGAUAAGAGGCAGAGGGCUUCAUGUCCUCUGUUUAAAAACUCACUAUUGAGGGGAGUAGAGUCCUUCUUCUACUUUUAAAGAGUUCCCCUGUAUAAGAUUUAUCGUCAUAGGUUAAAACCAGUAACAUUAAGUCAAAGAUAUCCAGACUUAAAUUCAUAGAAUAUGCAGGGAAAGCAUUUAAGGGAUGUUGUUCAUAUGUAUUCAUUUAUAUACUUGCCUUGAUGAACUUUUUAAAUUCACAUCUUUUGCACAAUAUUUUUUUGUCUUUGGUAUAAAAUUCUUUAAUGUAUCCUGUUACCCAAUAAACUUGAUCAAACUUAA